AUGCGUCUAUCCAAAGACAUGAUUAAAGUUGAAAAAAUUCAUUCACCUCAACAUACAGGGAAUUUGGGAUCUAAAGGUAUAACAGUUGUUGUGGAAAGAAUUAAAAACAAUGUCAUAGGUAACAAGAUUGAUCCAAAAGCUGUACUAAAUUUGGAUCCUGGUCUUGGUGUUUUGGAUGCAUUUUUUGCCAGUUUGUCAAUGAUAAUUGUCAAUGAGAUUGGAGAUGAAGCUUCUAUUAUAGCAGCUCUUAUGGCAAUGCGUCAUCCAAAGUUAAUUGUUCUAUCAGGUGCACUCAGUGCUCUGUUUAUACUUUCUACAGGGCUUGGUAGGAUUGUUCCAAAUCUGAUAUCAAGGAAACACACAAACAGUGCUGCUACAGGCAUGUAUUGA